CAUGAUUAGCAGUUGAGUUAAAUCCAUAAUAAUAAUAACCUUUUAAAGAAACAAAACAAAACUUGGUAUAUUUAAUUUAGUAGUUUUAAGGAAAGAAAAGAGAGAGAGAAUGGCAUCAGAACAAGAGAGUAGGCAAGAUUUGGAUGCAAGGGCUAGGCAAGGUGAAACUGUUGUGCCUGGUGGUACUGGUGGCAAGUCUCUUGAAGCCCAAGAACACCUUGCUGAAGGAAGGAGCAGGGGAGGACAGACAAGGAGGGAGCAGCUAGGACACGAAGGAUACCAGGAGUUGGGCACAAAGGGAGGACAGACACGUAAGGAUCAGAUGGGUAGUGAAGGGUACAGUGAAAUGGGGCGUAAGGGUGGUCUAAGCACCAUGGAACAAUCUGGAGAGGAAAGGGCUCAGGAGAAAGGUAUUGACAUUGAUGAGUCCAAGUACCGUACUAAAUCUUAAUCUGCCUCGCCCAAGCCGCUGAUAAUGCACUAGCUUCCCCGCUUGCUGUUUCGUUAUUCGACCUUCUUAAUGGCCUUUUAAGUUGGCUCUGUAGUAUAGUCACAAAAUGACCGUGUGUUUUCGACGUAUGUAGAGUGAAUGAGUGAUGCUAUGGUUUUGUGGAGGGUUUUUAAGCUUUUUUCCAGCUUAGCGAGCUGAUUAGCUUUAUUAGCGUCGCUCUGGGUAGAAUGUAUUUACUUUCCUGAUUUUCUUUGUUGUGUAAUGUUUGCAAGUUAAUGUAAGU